AUGCGCGAAUUCCUCUGGUGUUUUAGAACCGUGCUAGGGCAAUCGGCCUGGCUUCUUGAACCGGCACCGCCGAGGAGCCGCUGCCCUGGCUUCUCACCGCGCGAGUAUCGUGCACCGCAUCCCGAUGGUCGUCUUUGGCAGUUCACUUGGGCUACCCAACCGACCCCUCAGCGCGGGUCCGUGUUGAGCAUCGAGGUCGGCGUUGUCGCGCCAGGCACGGGCGGGGGGCCGCAUGGCGCGCACAUCUUCUUUGUUGACCAGCCACCUCCAUUGCUGAUCAAACUCGUCCAGGGGAAGUCGUACGCCUCGUUGAGCGCAGCCAUGUUGCUGGCGAAGAGCUCGACGUACUUCAAGUACACCGGAUCCUUGAUCAUGGCAGUGUCGGUUGUGAGGCGCAUCCGCGGGUCGCCGAGAUUCUCCUUCAUUCGCCACUGA